AUGCACCAUAAACCUCCAGGACAGGACUGGCAGGACCUCCUGUCCAUGUCAAGAUACCCAUCCUUGUCUGAGUCUGACGGUGAGGAGUCUUUGGUCCAAGUCUCUGCUGGUAAAUGGGUUGACCACAUGGAUUAUAUUGGAGAGUUAACUGAGUUAAACAUGGAGGAGGAUGAGAUUGAGAUGACGAGAGAGGAGCUUCAGAUGUGGAUCAGGGAGAAGGUGAAGAAGAUGGAACUGAUAUCCCCAGAUGUUCUUAAUAAAUGUGACGUGCUGCAGUCUCUGCUGAUAAGGAGGGAAGAACAAGUCACCAACUUCCUGAAGCUGUGCGAAUCAGUGAGAUCAUGUGAAGCAACUGUGAAGAAACUAUACUCUGUGCUGCAGUGGGAGUACAGAGAACGAGAUUCUGGUGAUGAUGAUAAUACUGCAGGCUGUGGUAAGAUACCUUCAUCCCCAUGCAACUCUGUUCACUCUGAGACUCAAGUGCCCAGACCUCCUACAUCACGAAAGCGACAGGACAGUGUUAACAUAAAUGAAGAUAAAUGCAAAAAAAGCUGUCUUAGUCAAAAAAGGAAACCAGUGGUGGUCUUGACUAGACUUCCUAGAUGUGAGAUUGAUGCAUUAUGCCCACCAACACCUCAGAAUCAGUACAGUGAACAUGAAUCCUCUUGUUCCCACCUUACUUCCUCUGAUGUAGAGUGGAAACCAGAAGAUGACUCCGCUGAUUCAGAUAAUUCUAUCCCAAAUUGGACGAGUAUGGCAAAAAAGAGGAAGAAAAUAGAGUCGGAACCAGAAGGUGACUCAACUGAUUCAGAUCAUUGUUUCCCAAGUUGGACCAGUAUUGCAAACAAGAAGAAGAAAAUAGAGCGGGAACCAAAAGAUGACUCAGCUGAUUCCAGUAGUAUCUCAACUUUCACAAGGAUCACAAAGAAGAAGAAGAAAAUAGAGCGGGAACCAAAAGAUGACUCAACUGAUUCCAGUAGUAUCUCAACUUUCACAAGGAUCACAAAGAAGAAGAAGAAAAUAGAGCGGGAACCAAAAGAUGACUCAACUGAUUCCAGUAGUAUCUCAACUUUCACAAGGAUCACAAACAAGAAGAGAAAAAUGGAGUUGGAAAUAGAGGACGAGUCAUCUGAUCCUGAUUAUUCUGUCUCAGGUACUACAAGAAAGAAAAAGAAGAGGAGAAAACAUGAUAAAAAUAACAGACACAGCAAUGAAGACAUCAAACAGCGCAAGUACUGA